AUGCAAUUCGUACAAGCUCUGCUUGAAGAGGACGAGGAAGAAGAAGCUGUAUUCGAUAUACUGUAUCUACUACGGCCACCAGGAGCAAAUGUAAAACGUAAACACGGUGGAUCGGUGCCAGGACGCUCUCCAAACAAGCGUCGCGACUGGUAUGGGAGGCACACUCGAUUGCUCCAACAAUACUUUGGUCCUGACCCCAUAUUUGAAGAGGCUGUUUUCCGCAGGCGCUAUCGAAUGUCAAGACGCUUGUUUUCUCAUAUUGCACAUAGUGUAGCAAAUCACGACACUUACUUUGUUCAGAAACGAAAUGCAGCGGGUCUAGUGGGAAUAUCCACUUUCCUGAAGAUCACGGCCGCGCUAAGAGUUCUUGCAUACUCUUCAUCUUUUGAUGCUAUUGAUGAAAAUUUAGAGAUUGCUGGACCUACAGUCAGUCAGUGCAUCCAUCACUUUUGUGAUGCAGUUAUUGCUGUUUUCGGUGAUGUGUUUUUGCGUCCACCACGUAAGUAG